AUGUAUUUGAUUUUCUUCUACAUUUUUGGACUUGCAUUGUCUCAGGUAUUGCCGGGCUGUAAUUUCAAAAAUACCCGUUCUAGUGGUUUUGGUACCACUUUUUACAACUACACUCUCGGCUCUUUGGACGCAUGGGAGCCAUCAUUCUUUGAUGGUGAUUACGCCAAAGGCGGCGCUUUUGCUUACAUUGAUGAUCUCGAUGUUAUGAGCUUUGCGGAUAAGCCACUGGAUCUCGAGAUUCAAGAUACAUUCGGUGUUGUCAUGCAUCGAUCCAACUUCACGCUCCAAAUAGAUGGAUAUUUCUUGGCCCCCGAAACAGGUGAAUACACAUUUUCAAUUGGAACUAACAGCGGCAUUGAUUUCAAAUUUGGUUCGAACGGAAAAUGUUGCGACGACCCAAAGGCAAGUGUUAACAAUGACAUGAGAGUAACGAUUUUGAAUGAUCCCGAUCAAAAGACAUUGACACAGAGGAUCGUCAAAGUUAAUUUGCAAAAGGGUUUGUAUUAUCCUUUCUUGCUUGUUUGGUUUACCAACAGAGGGGCGUUCGUGAUUGAAGUUGAAGCGAAGUACCCUUCAGGAAAUCGGUUGAGAGUUCCAGACCAUUUAUACAAGGUUACGAAAAGAUCUAACGAAGCUGAUUGUCCUGUUCCAUCAAUCUCCUCAACCACAGUAGUUGGUCCAGUCACUACGCCUGCAACAACCACAUCAACAUGGGAUUUUACCCCUAUAGAGAUUGUGACCAUCCCAUCGUCUCAUACAUUAUUCACGAGAUCCACAUUCACCACGUCGUCGACCGCUUCAGAUGGAUCGGUGGAAACCGAUUCUGGUGUUGUCAUUGUCACUGGCUCUGAUGGUAAAUUCACCACCGAGACUACCAUGUUCCCACACUUGACUAGAUCCACAUUCACCACGUCGUCGAUUGGAACUGACGGAUCGAUGGAAACCGAUUCUGGUGUUGUGAUUGUGACUGGCUCUGAUGGUACAUUUGAAACAACGACCACCAUGUUCCCACACUUGACUAGAUCCACAUUCACCACGUCAUCGACUGCUUCAGACGGAUCGAUGGAAACCGAUUCUGGUGUUGUCAUUGUCACUGGCUCUGAUGGUAAAUUCACCACCGAGACUACCAUGUUCCCACACUUGACUAGAUCCACAUUCACGACCACUUCGACUGCUUCAGACGGAUCGAUGGAAACCGAUUCUGGUGUUGUCAUUGUCACUGGUUCUGAUGGUACAUUUGAAACAACGACCACCAUGUUCCCACACUUGACUAGAUCCACAUUCACCACGUCGUCGACCGCUUCAGAUGGAUCGGUGGAAACCGAUUCUGGUGUUGUCAUUGUCACUGGCUCUGAUGGUACAUUCACCACCGAGACUACCAUGUUCCCACACUUGACUAGAUCCACAUUCACCACGUCGUCGAUUGGAACUGACGGAUCGAUGGAAACCGAUUCUGGUGUUGUGAUUGUGACUGGCUCUGAUGGUACAUUUGAAACAACGACCACCAUGUUCCCACACUUGACGAGAUCCACAUUCACGACCACUUCGACUGCUUCAGACGGAUCGAUGGAAACCGAUUCUGGUGUUGUCAUUGUCACUGGUUCUGAUGGUACAUUUGAAACAACGACCACCAUGUUCCCACACUUGACUAGAUCCACAUUCACGACCACUUCGACUGCUUCAGACGGAUCGGUGGAAACCGAUUCUGGUGUUGUCAUUGUGACUGGCUCUGAUGGUACAUUCACCACCGAGACUACCAUGUUCCCACACUUGACGAGAUCCACAUUCACCACGUCGUCGACCGCUUCAGAUGGAUCGGUGGAAACCGAUUCUGGUGUUGUGAUUGUGACUGGCUCUGAUGGUACAUUUGAAACAACGACCACCAUGUUCCCACACUUGACUAGAUCCACAUUCACCACGUCAUCGACCGCUUCAGAUGGAUCGGUGGAAACCGAUUCUGGUGUUGUCAUUGUCACUGGUUCUGAUGGUACAUUUGAAACAACAACUACCAUGUUCCCACACUUGACUAGAUCCACAUUCACCACGUCGUCGACCGCUUCAGAUGGAUCGGUGGAAACCGAUUCUGGUGUUGUCAUUGUCACUGGUUCUGAUGGUACAUUUGAAACAACGACCACCAUGUUCCCACACUUGACUAGAUCCACAUUCACGACCACUUCGACUGCUUCAGAUGGAUCGGUGGAAACCGAUUCUGGUGUUGUCAUUGUGACUGGCUCUGAUGGUACAUUCACCACCGAGACUACCAUGUUCCCACACUUGACGAGAUCCACAUUCACCACGUCGUCGACCGCUUCAGACGGAUCGGUGGAAACCGAUUCUGGUGUUGUCAUUGUCACUGGUUCUGAUGGUACAUUUGAAACAACGACCACCAUGUUCCCACACUUGACUAGAUCCACAUUCACGACCACUUCGACUGCUUCAGACGGAUCGAUGGAAACCGAUUCUGGUGUUGUCAUUGUCACUGGUUCUGAUGGUACAUUUGAAACAACGACCACCAUGUUCCCACACUUGACUAGAUCCACAUUCACGACCACUUCGACUGCUUCAGACGGAUCGGUGGAAACCGAUUCUGGUGUUGUCAUUGUGACUGGCUCUGAUGGUACAUUCACCACCGAGACUACCAUGUUCCCACACUUGACGAGAUCCACAUUCACCACGUCGUCGACCGCUUCAGAUGGAUCGGUGGAAACCGAUUCUGGUGUUGUCAUUGUCACUGGCUCUGAUGGUAAAUUCACCACCGAGACUACCAUGUUCCCACACUUGACUAGAUCCACAUUCACGACCACUUCGACUGCUUCAGACGGAUCGAUGGAAACCGAUUCUGGUGUUGUCAUUGUCACUGGUUCUGAUGGUACAUUUGAAACAACAACUACCAUGUUCCCACACUUGACUAGAUCCACAUUCACCACGUCGUCGACCGCUUCAGAUGGAUCGGUGGAAACCGAUUCUGGUGUUGUCAUUGUGACUGGCUCUGAUGGUACAUUCACCACCGAGACUACCAUGUUCCCACACUUGACUGGAUCCACAUUCACCACGUCGUCGACCGCUUCAAACGGAUCGGCUAGCAUGUUCCCACACUUGACGAGAUCCACAUUCACGACCACUUCGACCGCUUCAGACGGAUCGGUGGAAACCGAUUCUGGUGUUGUCAUUGUCACUGGUUCUGAUGGUACAUUUGAAACAACGACCACCAUGUUCCCACACUUGACUAGAUCCACAUUCACGACCACUUCGACUGCUUCAGAUGGAUCGGUGGAAACCGAUUCUGGUGUUGUCAUUGUGACAGGCUCUGAUGGUACAUUCACCACCGAGACUACCAUGUUCCCACACUUGACAAUACCUGUAUCAUCAGCUUUUAGUGGGUUAACAACAAUAUCUCUGAAGACAUUAUCGUCAUGGCAUUACACCAAUUCAAGCAUCAACCAUCCAGCAUUCACAUCUAGCAGGUCAUCACUCUCUAGUCAGACGGAACAAACCAGCCAACUUGAUCCACAUGAAACGAGUUCCCUCUCAAGUGACCCAAACUUCGAGCCUAAAGUUUCGGAACUGUCCUCAGAUAUAAUCCUUGCUAAAUCGACAAUUGCGUUGACAACAAUGUCCACAGGAGCUAGUUCCCUCUCAAGUGACCCAAACUUCGAGCCUAAAGUUUCGGAACUGUCCUCAGAUAUAAUCCUUGCUAAAUCGACAAUUGCGUUGACAACAAUGUCCACAGGAGCUAGUUCCCUCUCAAGUGACCCAAACUUCGAGCCUAAAGUUUCGGAACUGUCCUCAGAUAUAAUCCUUGCUAAAUCGACAAUUGAGUUGACAACGAUGUCCACAGGAGCUUCUCAUUUGCCGUCAUGGACAGCUCAACAUGAUAUCGCCCUCUCUACCUCCACUGCACUGACAACGGGAUCUCCCAGUCAUGGAAAUCCAGAUCAUGUGCUGGUAGAAACAGCUUUUAUCACCGCUGGCAAGGAUGGCGGACUUUUAUCAUCUACAACAUCCAUUGACACUGCAGCUCGGCAGCCUUCCGGUGUUGCUGAUGAGCCAUUGAUCUCCUCCGUUGAUAAUCAGUCAAAUAGGAUCGCCUCCACGCUUGACACUGUGUAUCAGUCCGAAACGAGUCAGGGUGAGAAGGUCUCAACCACCAACAAGCCCAAUGGCGAUAUCGCUCAACCUUCACCCACAAAUGAGGGAGAGAAUCCAAACGGUUCUGAGAUUCCACAGGGAAGCAAGUCUGAUUCCCGUUCAUCAUUUACCGAUCACGAUUUUGUAACUGCAGCUCCAAAAUAUCCGGCUGAAACGCAAGAAAGCGUUAGCUUUAGUUCAAGUUCUGUGCAACCAAAAGUGUUCGUUUCAACUUACGAUGAUUUUGGAGUAAGAAACGGUGUGAGUGCCUUUUUGAGUUUCGUUGCCCUUUUUGUGCUGGCAAUACUCAUUUAA